CGACUAUUACCGCGCAUGAUGUAUGUUACAAGUUCAGAGAAAGCAAUUUCAUAUGCCUCUCUUUUUCUGUCUCGGAGUUUUCUGCUUUCCUCAACUCUUCAGCAUGCAGAGUACAAACCUUUGAAGAUGAUGUCAAAGGAAGACAUUGCAUUCCUUACGGAGGAGGAGCAGCAGGAGGUCAAGUUGAAGUUCUUAGGCUUCCGCCAAGGUCUGGUAGGAGUGGGUCCCAUCCGUCACCUCCUUCCAUCUCACUGCACGGCGUUUACCAAGAAAUAUCAAAACUUCAAGUUUUGUGAGAGCGACGUGGUCAUCGCAACUUUUCCUAGAAGCGGCACGACGUGGACACAAGAGAUUGUGUGGACGAUGAGGAAUGGACUGGAUUUUAAAACAGCAUCCAACGUUUCCCUUAACGUUCGGUCGCCUUUUUUUGAGUUUGAUUCAAUAUAUGCAAUGCACAAGGACAUCCGCCCAGACCUCGUCGCCAAGUUCCUGUCUCGUCACCCAGAUGGAGAUCCCAAAACUGACGGUCUAUUCUUAGAACUCGCUGAGAUGGCCCCUUCACCCAGAACCAUCAAAACUCACCUACCAUUCUCUUUGCUACCUCCAGACAUUCUAGAAACAUGCAAGGUGGUUUAUGUGGCCAGAAAUCCGCGGGACGUCUGUGUCUCCUAUUACCAUCAUCAGACUGCAUUAGAGACAUCGGAAUUUAUAGGAGACUUUCCAGACUUUGUGGACUUGUGGUGCCGUGAUUUGUAUCUUCAGGCGCCUUUCUGGGGCCACCUAAAGGAGGCUUUGGCAAAGCGACAGCACCGCAACCUUCUUUUCCUCUUCUACGAAGACAUGAAAGAAAACUUGAUGAGGGAAUUAAAGCGUCUCAAUGCCUUUCUUGGUACGGGGCUGACGGAGGAGCAGCUUCAACAGGUGGCUGAACACACCAGUAUUGGGCAAAUGAAAAAUAGGCCGUCUGUCAAUCCUCCGGCGAAUGCUUACACUGAAAGGGCGCGAAAGGAGGGAAAACAAGACUUUAUUAGAAAAGGAACUAUUGGCGACUGGGUCAAUUACUUCACACCAGAGCUGGAGACAAAGUUCCAAGCAUGGCUGGAGACAGGUGGAGAAGUUGCUGGGGAAAUUUCCUUUAAGUACCACGCAGAGCAGGCGGACACCUUGAGGAAGUAGAAGCUCAAAUGAUCUGUUACUACCACCGUUGCAAGGAAAGCCAAAGAGAAGAGUUUCAGUCUCAGAAGUGUACAGCUUUCCAAACCUUUAACCGUUUUGCAAGUUGUUGGGGAUUUUGUGAUAUUUUUGUGAAAUAUUGAAUUUUAACCGUUCGUUUAUAGAAUGAUGCAGCCGACUAUAGGACUGUAGUCAUUUAGUCGCAUUGCAUAACGUAGGGGUUUAAUUAUCUAGUAUUAUAUAUAUAUAUAUAUAUAUAUAUAUAUAUAUAUAUAUAUAUAUAUAUAUAUAUAUAUAUAUAUAUAUAUAUAUAUAUAUAUAUAUAUAUAUAUAUAUAUAUAUAUAUAUAUAUAUAUAUAUAUAUAUAUAUAUAUAUAUAUAUAUAUAUGUGUGUGUGUGUGUGUGUGUGUUGAAUGUAUUCUGCCCCAACUGUCUUCACUGUAAAGUGAGGCUUUGUGUGGAGUGCUAACUGCCUUGGUUGAACAAAUUGCUUAGGAUUGAGCUGUAAUGAUUAUAACUUGGUGGUUAGGAUGGGUCAGUGGCUGAGGUGGUACCUCUCAAUUAGGUGACUGGCGUUCACGCCCACGCCGGGGCACAGAUAACAUAUAUUUGUUCGAUGUUAUCACAUUAAAAUGAGAUUGUCUGCGGAAUGCCAAUUAUAUAUAUAUAUAUAUAUAUAUAUAUAUAUAUAUAUAUAUAUAUAUAUAUAUAUAUAUAUAUAUAUAUAUAUAUAUAUAUAUAUAUAUAUAUAUAUAUAUAUAAUCACCUCAUUAGCAGAUGUAAUUAUUUUAUUUUUAUUGUCCUUAAAUUGUUGCGUUACAUCCUAAAAUUAAACUCCCAUAUUGUAGCUGUGUGAGAUUUGAAGCAAUAUUUUCUGAAAGAAAAAAAUAAAAUAAGAGAACCGAUAUUUGAAUCGUAAGACAGUUACAGAA